UUCCUGCAGCUGUUUCCCUCUGUCCGGUUGUUCUGACUUUUCUGACUGCCGGCCCCUCAGCUCUAGUGGGGAGCAACCCGACUUAAGUUGUCAUGAAAAAGGAAGAAAGGAGGAGGUGAAGAUCUCAGCUGGGGAUGUGCAGGGCUGGCCAGCUCUAGGUACAGGGGAUUGCCUGCAGAUUGCUUCUCUGAGUCCCUCCUCCCAGAACCAGGGGAUUCUAAGCUGAAGAAGAGUCUUCCUCCUUCAACAGUAACAUGCCAGCAGUCCUCCCAGCCAAUGAUUCUUUUGCAGCAGGCAGGACUUCCUCCUCAUCCUCGUCCUGAGAAGUCUUCAUCUCUUCCUAUGUCAGUGGCCACAAGGCCAAGAGCCAACUCACCACUGUCCCCACAGAAACCUUUUGGACUAGGGCCUUCCUUGCAGCACUCACAAGAAGAGGAGCUGGCAAAGGAUCCUGUGCUGGAGGAACUAUGUAAGCCUCUGUGUUGUAAACUUUGCAAUGUCACUCUGAAUUCAGCACAGCAAGCCCAGGCGCAUUACCAGGGUAAAAACCAUAGUAAGAAACUUCGGAAUUACUAUGCUGCAAAUAGUUGCCCAGCUCCUGCCAGAAUGAGCAAUUCAGUGGAGCCUGCCGUGCCUCAGAUUGUCUCCCAUCCAGCUCAGAUGGGUGCCUCUAAACCAGUAGGCCGAGUGAUCAUGGCCACAGAGAAUGAUUACUGCAAGCUUUGUGAUGCCUCAUUUAGUUCCCCGGCUGUGGCCCAGGCUCACUACCAAGGAAAGAAUCAUGCCAAGAGGCUACGCCUGGCAGAAGCACAGAGCAACUCAUUCCCGGAUACAUCAGAACUGGGCAAACGGAGGGCACGGAAAGAAGGGAACGACUAUAAGAUGAUGCAGAAUAGAAGAAAUGUGUAUGCGGUUCCAAACAGUACAGGUCCCUACUUCAAUCCACGCUCCCGCCAGCGAAUUCCUCGUGAUCUCGCUAUGUGUGUCACCCCAAGUGGCCAGUACUACUGUUCCAUGUGCAAUGCUGGGGCUAGCGAAGAGAUGGAGUUCCGACAACAUUUAGAAAGCAAACAGCACAAAAGCAAGGUGUCUGAACAGAGGUAUAGGAAUGAGAUGGAGAAUCUUGGCUAUGUACAAUGACACGCUAUCCCUUGGUAGUAGUUUGCAGAUAGAACAGCUUGUCUUGCCUGCUGUUUGCCACAUGCCCUGCUUUGUGCUCCAUUUGAUAGGAGUAUGCUCUCUAGCUAUACAUGUAAUACCUGCAAACUUAAUGGUAUGGUUAGGGGUUUUUUAUAUCACUGUUGGCAGGAAUAUGCUCUGCAGGACGUGAAGUGGUUUUAAUGUUUGUUUGCUCAUUAUCUAAAGCUCUUCAUUGCAUUUUGGGGGAGCCCUGUCCUCCCCCAUGCCCUGUUGCAUGAGUGUGCAAGGCCCAAGAAGCACUGGGGGGACUACCACGGUUCUGCCAUGCAGGCAGGGUAUGUGGAGACGCAUCACCCUUUUUGGCGUGUCCUAGAGCUGUGCUCCACAGCAUCACUCCGCAGCAGGGGGACUUUGUGGUCAGGCUAGAGGAGAGGAGGGAACAGAGCCAGCAGAUGUGUGAAUGGCAUUGUUGGCCACGCAUCCCUGCUAGCAGAAGCAUAAGAGGCUAUAGCCUCAAAUACACCUUACAGUAGGUGCCUCCUGCAUUCCUGUCGGUACGGCACAGAGGCUGUGCACAUACCCUGUGGGAGGAUCCUAUCUCACUCACCCUCAUCUAGGCCACCCACCAGUGUUUGGACUUCAAGUGGCUGGGGAGGAUUUCAACCUAACAUCUGCAAUAGGAGAGUAGCUGAUCUGCCACAUCAGCAGAUAUGCUCCUCUGUCAAGGAGGAUAGAUUCUGGUCUGCUCUUGGCAAUGGAUUUUUACCACACUGGAGCCACUAGGCAUCUUUAUGCAGCAUGGGAGCAGGGCCUGUGCAGGGCCCAGAGAGCAAAGAAGCUAAUAUAAUCUGAUGGGGGCUCUGUACUGAGCCUUGGCCCUCCAUAGGACAGCAUGGAUGGUGCAAUGAGGAUGGGCUGGGGAGGAAUCAUGGGUCCUAACACCCUAUCAGAUUGGUGCUGAGGGGGGGGUCAGGUGCUGUUCUCCAGCCUGUAGUAGUAACUGUAAAGGGGGUGGGUCUGUGAUGUAGUAUAAUUCCCUGGAAAUUGGGGAUUAUUGGAUUUCAACUGCCGCAACCUCCACUCCAUUCAGCUGCACUAAGCCUGACAGACAUUAUAUGUGCAAAGUGAAAUUCACCUUUGGAGAAGAGCUGCCCAUGUUGGGCAUAUUUCCUCUCUUCCCUUUACUCUAAGUCUCAGACUGAGCUUUCCUUUAUCUUUCUUCCCUCUGAACAGCAGCGUUUUACAGUCUUUUGUUUUAGGGAAGGGAUAAUGAGUGUGAAUGUAAUCUCCAGGUUGGGCUGAUUGUCAUGUUCUCCCCUGUUUUAUCUCUGGGCUGGGCUGCUGUACUAUCUUUUGUGCAAUCUCCGGGCUGGGCUGCUGUGUUCUUCCCAGUGCUAUCUCUGGGUGAGGCAGCCGUGCUCUCCCUGUGUGAUGUUAGGGCUGGAGGGCCGUGCUGGCACCCAUUAUCUCCAGGUUGGGCUGUUGUGUUCUCUCAUGAAUUAUCUCCAGGAGAGGCUGCUGUGCUGUCCCUCGUGUGAUCUCCGGGCUGGGCUGCCAGGUUCUCCCCUGUGUUCUCUCUGGGCUAGACUGCCGCGCUCUCUGUGUGUGAUAUUCGGGCUGAGCUGCCGUGCUGGCGCCAUGGUGAUCUCUCAGUGGGGCUGCUGUGCUCUCCUCUGAUCAUUCACGCAAGUUGUGGUGAAUUUAAUGAUCCUUAUCUUUUUUCUAAUAUCCAAAAUAAGUAGGGUCAGAGCCAGGCAGGUGCUGUGGAUAUCUCCCUUCCAGGCCUGCUUUACUGUUCUGGUUCUAUGCUGGUGUAGCUCCUUGUUUUUCGGGUGGGAGGGUACUAGAAAUGAAAAGGUGCUCUGUAGCUUGUCCCCUUCUCCUGGAGGCAGUGAGUCAACUUCUUCCCUAGGUAUAAUCCCAGUGACUUCAGUGGGGCUGCAGCAGGGAUGAAUUUGGCCUAGUGUGUAUCAUGUUGCAGACAGCCCUGUUUUUCGCCAUCCUUCACUGGUCCCUGCUCCCUAGUAUCCUGCAUUCCACCAGCCUUUUUCAGCCUUAAAAAACAGAGUUUCUGUUCAUCUUCUCAGUCCACCACAGAAAGGCUUGUAUCACUUGCGUGCUCAAAAGCUGUUCUUCAGACUUUGAGUAAUCUGUCUCAUCAGCCACCUCCAGCGAGCGCUGCACAACUGCCCUGUCUUUUAUAUAGCACUCCUAUACUCCAUGAGGUUAAACUGUAAUGCAAGUCACAGCAAUCAUCACAUGUUCCCUCCUGAUCCAUGUUUAUAUGCAGGGUAACAGACUCCAGUGUCUAUAGCACCUAAUGCUGGUCCUCUGUGCAAAGUCUGAGUAAAUAGGCUUUUCACAGAGGAACUCCAUCGGGUGGAAUGGGUGCGAGAACAGAAUCCUGGGUUGCAGAGCACAAACACAAGCCCCUUCCCCUGUGCUCUCCCUGGCUGGCUCCCUGGCCAUGCCCACUGGCUUGCCCCAUUCCCAACCUCCCUGUGCUGCCAUAGAGAGUGCAGUCCUCUGGCAUGACCUGCUCCCCAUUCCACACAGUGGAACUGUGGCCUUUCCUCUGUUUUCCUGGCUGUACACCCCCGUGCAAGGACGGAAGAUGGUGGACGAUAGUUGCCCUGUCGUGUUUCCCCACAACAUUUUUUGCACCAUGUUUAAAUGUCCAUUUGCCAUAAACCAUGGCAUGGUGUUUCCAUUGUUUCGUGCAACACUGAAUAAAACAAGAGCUGGGAAAAGCCCUGUUAUACGUAGAGUGUCUAGCUCAGGGUCUAGUCAACGGGGCAUUUUGCCUCACAAAACAGUGUCUAGUUCAAAUGCCCCAGCAAUGGGGCUCCCACGUUUGUUCUUGGGAGGCUGCCCAAUGGGCAGGUAGAUCUCCCCCGCCAUCCAAUCUCAGUUGGAACAUCAGGGAUGAGGGUUGUCACCUCCAGAAUUCCAUCUCUCCUCUGUCCUUGCUGUUCCCUGGUGUGAAGCAGGGAGUGGGACUCCACAGCACCUGGUGACAAGUCUCCCAGGCAGGAGAAAAGGCAUCCAUGGCUAGAAGGAUGUGGGAUAUGCUGGGACUUGCUCUGUCCAGGAGUCCUGAUGUGAGCACAAUGGAACCAAAGACUGCCCCUCCCAUCACAGCACCCACAGUGGUUUCUCCUUGACCUAGAAAAUGGCUAAUCAUGAAGGUAUGAAAAAACACCUUAGACCUUAUUAGUGUUGCUGCGAUAGCAGGGGACUGGACUCAAUGACCCAGGAGAGCCCUUCCAGUCCUAUGCCCCUAUGAUUUAAGGGUUAAAGCCAACCCAAAGGCCCUUCAGCAAGAGGAGAAGGUCAUAACCUGACUGUAUGCGAAUUAAAGUAAUUCUGUACAUAAGGAUUCAGAAUGCUUGGGGAAAAUGUAUUCUGCUAUAUCUACAUUCAGAAAGGGGUGGGGGGUGGCGGCGGCAGGCAGCAGGAGAGGCACCAUACCGAGUAAGAAUACAGGCGUGGCACCUUUUUAGAGACACCCCCCCCCCCUUGAAUAGUUUAUUUCUUGACUGGAAAAAAAAAUGAAGUGGACUUUUGUGAAGCUAUCACAUUGGCCAGUAGAUUAAUGAUCUUUGCUGCUUAAAAAAAAAAAAAAAAAUCAUUGCAUUCAUAUUUAUUUUAUUAUGCUGAUCACUAACAGUCUCGUGAAUAUUUAUGGCUUUAUCCUAUGGGUUAUUUUUGUUUAAAUAGACAAAUCUUCAGCGCACUUUGAUUUCGAAUCAGACUAGAUAUUUAUUAUUUGUGAAAAUGUGGCUCUUCCCCCUCUCCCCACGUAUAUGUAUUUUUUUCUUCACAUAAAAUAAAACUGUUCCUUUAUGUUUUCAAGGCAAACAAAUUCAGGAUUUGCCUCCAGCUUUUUCUUAAGUCACAAUUGCAACCUUUGUCUACCUGGUGUACUCAGUAAAUUGAGCACAUCUUAAUGUUAACUUUAAAUACAUAUGCAUUUCAUUCCAGCUGUAGCUUUUAUUUUAAGGCAAUGAGACCAAUACAUGGGAUCCAUAUAAUUUAUAUGGAGUAAGAAAGAGGUACUGUUUUUUUUGUAUUAAGCAUUAGAUGUCAUUACGCAUUAACAAAUAAAUGUGUUCUAUCAUUACCUAACAUGGGGCUCAGUUCUGUGUAUAGUUAUUCUGGUGCAAAUCUGAAGUAACCCUUCUAACUUCAGUGGAGUUACUCUGGAUUUACACCAGUGUUACCAAGAGCAAAAUUUAGUCCAGGAGAUUUUUUUUUCCUUACUACAUGAACAUUAUAGAGAGAAUCGAUCUGUAAGCAUUGAUUCAUAUUUUGGCUCACUAAUAUGCUGUUAAUAACAUGAGCAAAAAAUCCUGUCAUCACAUUACUCAGGCAAGACUCCCAUUGACAGCAGGGGGGUUAUUGCCUGAGUACAAAGUGAAUGACAUGGCUGCACUGUAUACUUGCGUUGGCCAUGCCAAAACAAAGCAGGGUGCUAAAUGUUCUCUCAAUCGUAGAUUUUGUUACAACAAUCUAGGCUGGCUUGGCUUUUUAAAGAAUAUUUCUCUUGCUCUGUAAGGGCAUGAACUUGCUCCCACUGAAAUUGGCAGUGAAGCUCCCAUUGAUUUCAGUGGAACAGGAUCAAGCCUUAAACUACUCCAGGAACUUUGUAGUGCCGAUGCCUUGUCAUGUACAUGUUUUUAUGUCUGUAUCCACAAGGAUGCUCUGGAUGAGGAAGAAACCUUUUGCCCCUUAAGAAAAGCAAAUUUCAAGAUGGAUCCAAAAGGAACUAUUAUUACAACUGGCAAAGUCCAUGUGUUCCCAGGAAUAAAUUUAGCAUGCAGGAUUGAACAAUCGUGGACCUGAUCCUGCUUUCAUUUAAGUCAUGGCAAACCUCCCAUUGACUUCACUGGAGCAGGAUCGAUUGCCACCUGCAUCAAAUUGGAAGUAAGAAAAAAAUCUGCUUUUAAAUCAAUUGUUAGACAAUAAUAGCUGGAAUCCUUUUCCCAGUGAUGAGGAGAGGCCAGUGGAGUUAUAUAAAAAAUGAAUAAGGCAUCUGCAGUGAAAGGGAGGAUUAUGGAUGUUUCUGAAACGAAACACAAAAUCGUGAAUGUGGAUACAGAAUCGAUUCAGUCCACUUUGGAAGGAACUGAUUUAAUUUGUAUCCUGCAACUGUAUGGUAGCAUCAUUUGCAAAUGCUUUGAAUGUACUUAAUCUAGAGCCUUCUUGUCAGGUUGGUUUUGUACACUUGUCCCUCUUUUUAUUGCAUUGAACUCUGUAGGGGAAUAGUUGAGUUGAUGAAAAUGAACCUCUUCUCCACUCUACAAUAAAUCGUCUUGCUCUCACCAUUCCACAA